AUACCACGCCCACCUGGGGCACUUUCCAAGCCGACUGCUGGUGGUUAUGCUCUAAAGGAUGCACUGGGAUGGGAGGAUGCCACAUAUAGAUAUGUACAGAAAGUUCUUCAUUCUAUUUGUCUGAAUCAUCUAGAAGUGGCAAGACCGUACCAUGAACAGACCACCGGCGCCCUGACAAAAUAUUGUGUAGCGGCCCUCAAGGAAUUUCCCGCCCUGGCGAAUUAUGCAGAUCACUGGCCAGCUAGGGAUUUCGCAAAGAUGUACUUGAAGAAUAUCAUUGCACAACGCAAGGCAAAUCAAGGU